UCUUGCCCACAUCCUGGGAGCAGCUCAGAGCAGACUGCAGCCUGCUCUCAUUUACCCUGGUCUCUCCUGGGUACUUGCUGCUAGCUGCUCUGCUGUGUCCCCUGACAGCCCAGACUGAGAUGGCCAAGUUCAUGUUCCUUCUCCUGAUGCUGGGGGCUUUUUCUCUUAUGUUCUUCCAAGCUGAAGCAAUAAUAUGCAUGGCCUGCAGCAUGUUUAUGAAUGGCAGAUGUGUAGAAGGCGAGGGUGAAUGUAUCAUGGAGGAAGGUGGUGCGUGCACAACCAGGGAUAUCUAUCUUUCCGAUGUCAGAGGUGAGUUUCUCUACAACCACACUGUACUGGAGUGCUCUAAACCGUGUAAUCCUUCAAAGAAGAGUUAUUUUCAUCUGAAAAUUUCAAGCUUUUGUUGCCAAAGUCAAGAUUUCUGUAAUAGAUAUAAAGUAAAGCUAGUGAACAAGUAUGCUAACUGAUGGCCAUGCCUUUCCCUGCUUCAGUUUCCCUGGUUCACCUGCUGGAUCCCUGCAAGUGCUCUGCUGAGGAUGGAGCCACUCCUGGACCUACUAAGCAUCCUUCUUCCACUCUGUCCCAGAUACUGACUUCUUCUACCGUACAUCAGACACCAGACAUUCUCCAUUCACCCUUGUUUCCUCUCUUCUUCGUUCCCAUGUGAAAAUCACCACCAGUCUUGCGAGUCUGAGUCUUGCCUUUCUCUGUUACUGAGUUACUCUGACUAUCGAGCUGCCUGGCUUCUAGUCCCACUGACUUAGAAACGACUGUUGAGAGAGUCUGCCCAUGUGGUGGACUCCCCUUUACUCUAAGAGUUACAGGCUCCAUAGAAAAACUGAGAAAAAAUGCCCAAUGGAUAGAGAGGUCCUAACAUUCAGAAAGAAAUGAAGGCCUGAGUCAGCAAGCUGAGAUAAACAGCUUUGAACUCAUAGCCAGGACCUCCUGACAGCUAAGUUAUGAGAUCUGGAAUUGUCAAUGAGUAGAAUAAGGACAGGGCUGCUUUGGUCACAGCAGACAGGAACAGACACACAGUAGAGUGGGUGCAGGUCCUACCAUAGAAGAUUGAUAGGUAAUGGUUGGAGAGAUUGGAGGAGGACCAGUAGAUAACUGCUUCUCUGUUUUCUGGAACAUCUUGGGGGUUAUUAGCAGAGUAGGCUCAGUGCAGAAUUGGGAUGAAACUAUAGUACUGAUGAAUGAGAGUUCUGUGGCCAGGAAGAUAAUAAUGUAUUCAAGUCUGAAAAAAAUAGAAAGAAUUUAGAAAACAUCUGUCUGUCUGACUGACUGACUGACUCUCUCUCUCUCUCUCU